AUGCCGCGACGGCUCGCAAACCCCUUCUCCUCUACCCAGUCUGCUAUGUCAGCAUCCGAGAAGACUGGCGAAAGACGUCUCUCGUCCUCCAAGACCAACCGACUGAGCCAGCUCUUCUCCUCCAGCCCAAAGUCCAAGGACCAGUCACCACUCGCCGCCAUGCCGCAGAGCCAGAUGAACACCAUCUCGCCGUCGACGGUGUCGCUGCCCACCAUUUCGCUGUCGACGGCGACCGGCGAGCCCAACAGCAUCGAGCCAACCAAGAUGCUGUUCAAGCCGCAAUCGGCCGAGGAGCAAGAGCAGCGACGACUCGCCGAGUCUCAAUUUGGCCCCCUGCUUGAUCCGGCCCACCGCUAUGUCAGCCAGUCCAAUGGCGAGGAGUUCAAGGAGCCGAUUGAGGAUAUGCCUCCGUACUUCUAUCUCCUGACCACCUACCUGAGCUAUCUCUUCUUGAUCAUGAUGGGCCAUUGUCGCGAUUAUUUUGGCAAGCGUUUUGGAGAUAAAAAGCGCUACGACCCCCUCAAAGUGCGAAACGGGUUCGCCCCUCUCACUGAUGAUUUCGACAGCUUCUACACUCGUCGGCUGAAGGGUCGUUUGGAUGACUGCUUUGCUCGCCCUACUUUCGGCGUUCCCGGUCGUUACAUUACUCUCAAGGAACGUACGGCAGACAGGCUUAACCGCAACUACCACUACACUGGAAACCACGUCGAGACACUCAAUGUGAGCUCCUACAACUACCUCGGCUUUGCUCAAUCGCAGGGCCCCUGUGCCGAUGCUGUCGAUGAAUGUGUCAAGAAGUACGGUGUUACCGCUGCAAGCCCGCGUGGCGAUAGCGGCACUUCCGACCUGGCCCUCGAAGUUGAACGCGAAGUUGCAACCUUUGUCGGAAAGCCAGAGGCCAUGGUCUUCUCUAUGGGUUACGUUACCAACUCCAGUACCUUCCCCGCUCUCGUGUCAAAGGGCUGCCUGAUUGUCUCUGACGAACUGAACCAUGCCUCCAUUCGUGUCGGUGCUCGUCUCAGUGGCGCUGUUAUCCAGUCUUUCAAGCACAACGACGUGGCCGCCCUGGAGCGCGUUCUUCGUGAAGCCAUCUCCCAGGGCCAGCCAAGGACUCACCGCCCCUGGAAGAAGAUUCUCGUCGUUGUUGAAGGUCUCUAUUCUAUGGAAGGCACUAUGGUUAAUCUGCCGGCAAUUGUGGCUCUCAAGCGCAAGUACAAGUUCUACCUGUACGUUGACGAGGCUCACUCCAUUGGUGCCCUGGGACCCCGUGGCCGUGGUGUCUGUGAUUACUUUGGUAUUGAUCCCUCCGAGGUUGACAUCCUCAUGGGCACCCUGACCAAGUCCUUUGGCGCCAACGGAGGCUACAUUGCGGCAGAGAAGCACAUCAUUGACAAGCUCCGUGCCACCAACGUCUGCUCAAUCUAUGGCGAAGCCCCUUCUCCUUUUGUCCUCAUGCAGAUUCUUACCUCGAUCAAGCUGAUUAACGGCGAUAUUUCCCCUGGCCAGGGCGAGGAGCGUCUCCAGCGAAUUGCCUUCAACUCUCGCUAUCUUCGCCUUGGACUUAAGCGUCUUGGCCUCAUCGUUGCUGGCUCUGAUGAUUCUCCCAUUAUCCCCGUUCUGCUGUACAACCCUGGAAAGAUGCCUGCCUUUAGCCGCGAAAUGCUCAAGCGCAACAUCUCUGUUGUCGUCGUUGGUUACCCGGCUACCCCGCUCAUCAGCUCGCGUGCCCGUUUCUGCAUCUCUGCCGCUCACAACAAGGAUGACCUUGACCGCAUGAUCAGAGCUUGCGACGAGGUCGGCGAAUUGCUUCAGCUCAAGUUCUCUUCAGGCAUUGCUGGCGGCUUGGAGCCGCUGCCUGCUGGUGUAGCACCAGAAAACGAGGCUGAGUGGAGGAGGGCCAACAAUGUCGCCAUCAAGCCUCCUCGAUGGGAUGUUGAAGAGGUCAUUCGACGAGGUGCCAUCGAUUGCAAGCUUCCUCUGCGAUAA